AUGAGCAAGCUAUCUUUUGUCUUGUUCUCGCUCCUCAGUCUCUCCAUCUCCUUCAUUUCUCCCCGAGUUGGAGUUGGCGCGGCUUCGGUCUCUACCUGCGUCAACGACUGUUUCGUCGCAGCUGCUUCGGAAGGGGGAUGCGCAAGCAUCGACGACAUUGAGUGCCUCAAAGCGUCUCCGACAUUUGAAUCCAUCGCGGCGAAAUGUAUCGCAGACAACAGAUGCACCGAGCUUACAGACUCGGACGAAGGUGGUGAUAGCGCCAGAGCAACCUUCACCGCCCUCUCUGUCUUCGACGCACUUGCUCCGGCCGGGCACCAAGACGGGUACGCCAACGGAACCCCUGUCCGCAGGAGCGCCCUCUUCGGCCCGGGAGCCGUCUCCCCCGCUUCGAACCUGGCCAAGCGCCAAUGCAAUACAGGUCGAGGGCUCUGUGUCAGCGGAGGGGAAUCGAGGUGCAGGGCCUACUGUCAGAGCUGCCAUGUCGACAACCAAGGGAGAUGCGGCGUGGACUGUACCUCAGGCCUGUGCACUGGCUUUUUGGGACUCACCUGCGCUUGUCAGGUUCCUUGCUUCCUUUUGCAUAGCACCAUUGACAAGUUGGCUUGGCACGAGCCUGAAGCGUCAUAG